CGCCGGAAGACACCGGGGCGCCAUCGUGUAAGUCGGCCAGUAAGCACGGUGAAUAUGCUUUAGAAAAUAGCCCAGUUUUACUGAUAAUAGUCAAUGCAGCAAGAUCCGUGGAUACCAUACGCAGCUGCAUCAAUAGAAAUAAUAUAGUGCGGCGUAAUGAUAAUGUCUGGAUACUUCAAAAUACAAUACGUUUGGCGUAGAUUGCCUGGCCGAUACACUAAUGUAAUGCGAAAUGAGGCAUAUUUACAGAAAAGUUUAUGGAAGAGACCUUUUCAUACAAAAGUAACUAAGGACUCCAGUGGUCUUCCCGUGGUUCAUCACAGUAAAUAUGUGUGCGACAUCCCAGCAAACCACAGAUUUCCCAUGGGAAAGUUCCCGAAGAUACUACUCUUUCUAUUAAGGGAUCAAAUAAUAACUGAUAAACAGGUAUGGACUCCUGAUCUAGCUUCAGAAGAGCUACUUGCCCUUGUGCACACAGAGGAAUACGUGGAUAAGUUCAUACAUGGAAAGACUAGCCCAGAAGAGCAGAAGAGGACGGGCUUUUCCUGGAGUGACGGUCUUGCCACACGGUGCCGAUAUGAAACAGGUGGUACGGUUCUGGCAGCAGGGAUUGCUCUGCAAAGAGGACUUGCUUGCAGUACGGCAGGGGGAACGCAUCACGCCUUCCCCAGCUAUGGGGCAGGAUUCUGUCUUAUCAACGACCUGGCUGUGGCUGCCAAAUACUGGAUGGAGGAAUCCUCACAGAAGAGGAAGGUCCUCAUCGUGGAUUUGGACGUGCAUCAGGGGGAUGGCACGGCCUACAUCUUCAGGGAGGAACCUGAUGUAUUUACUUUCUCCAUGCAUUGUGGGAGCAACUUCCCCGUAAGGAAGCAGCAGAGUGACCUGGAUGUCUCCCUGAAGGAUGGGUUAGAGGAUAAAAUGUACCUCGCAACUGUCCAAGCUUACCUGCCCAGUAUACUGGACAGCUUCCGGCCCGACCUGGUCCUGUAUGAUGCUGGAGUGGACCCUCACUGGGACGACGAGCUUGGGAAACUUCGCCUGACAGACCAAGGUCUGUAUCAGAGAGACCUGUUUGUGAUUGACACAACGGUGUCCAGAGGCAUUCCAGUGGCUGCUGUCAUUGGAGGGGGAUACUGCAAUGACACUGAUCGCCUGGCACUCAGACACUCAAUCCUCCACAGAGUCGCAGCACAGGUGUGGAAAAAGCGGAGCUUAUAAUGACCUCAAUCACACCAAUGAAAGCAAAGAGCAGCAAAACUACAUGAACUUUCUCAUGUGUGCUACCUUUAUGCAGUAAGCCAUUACAUCACCAAACCUGCUACAGGACUGAUUGCUGGAAAAUAGUUUUUGUCAGUUUAGGUAGUUACUGUACAUUGUGUAAAUCUGUCAGAAACAGCCCAAAAUAUAAAUGAAGUCCAAUACAUAAUACUUAUAUAGAUGCGUACAUACGUUCUAAGCCUUUAUCGGCUGUUAACAUUUUGUGGUUGAAUCCAUGUAUAAGCCUCACAGGUUUGUUUUAAACAUCAAAAUUCAUUUAUUUGGCAAUAAAUACACAUAUUAAAAUAAAUGUUGAACAAGG